ACUUUGACAACGAAGCCCCGCCUUCAAAUCAACGUCUCGCUCUUCUUAGAUUUAAUGCUGCAUAAUUAAUUAAUCCUUCGUCUUUGUUGGCAGCGUGUUAGGGGGUUUUCCUGUAAGAAAAGUUAAAGAUUUCCACCCUAGAACACAAAAACCUGGAAUAUUUCGCUUUGUACUUGAGUAUAUUUAAGUGUGAAGUGAAAUUAAACUGGUCGCGUGGAGUGAGCUACAGAAAUUUUGGCAGAGCUUGAGCAGAACAGCGCGAGUUGAAGACAGGGACAACAACAAAAGUAAAAGUAAAAGCAACCUGGACCUUUGCGUUAACUUACAUGCAUUUGACAAAAAGCAGGUGAGAAGUCCAUGUUUGCCUUGUCGCUUGGUGAUGUAAAGACGGACUGGUGGUGUUAGUUUGUGUGCUGUUCUCAAGGCAACAGUCUGAAGUUCAUGCAGUCACAUAAAGAGCGCUGAUUUUGCCCUGGAAGACCGUGAUAAUGUACAAGGUCAUGUUAAAUCACCCUGAUGACCCUUGAGUGGACAUUACGCAGGCUGUUCAUAGAACAUUCAUAAGUGGUCAGCUACUAGAGAUGACAUCAAUAUCAAUGUUGAGCUGCAGGUGGAAUAGGACCUCAAGGUGGAACAAAUGAGAGCGAUGAAGAGACAGGUAAUGGAGCGGAGCAGAGGUGGUACCACCGCAGGGGUUCUGGUGUGGACACCUGCCCCAGCAUACUCCUCUCCCUCUAGCCCAGACGGGUCGGACUUCAGCUGGGAUGAAGAACCAGAUGAGGACUUUCAAAGCCAGAUGGAUGAGAAUGGCAUCAUUGGUCUGGCAGAGAGUCAAGGGCAGCAGGAGGAACAAGAGGAGGAGAUUGCAGAAGACCUGUUGUGGGAUGUGAAGACCCCUGAGCCUGAGCAUGGGCCACCACCAGCACUAGAGGAGAUAAGCUGUCACCUGAGUGAGCUGCUGGACUCUGAGCCGCUCUCUCAGGACACUGGAGAUGACUGCCGCUCUCCAUCUCUGCAGGAAGAACACAAAACAGAUGAAGACCGAAGUGUUUUGUUGGAAGAUUGGACUGACGAUGAGGACAGUACAGGGAGCCCAACAAUCCACAGUCACAAAUUAAACUCUUUCCCACAGAGAGACACGGUGCUAGACAUGACUGAUGAGGAAACAGAAGAGAAAGAAACACGUGAAGAUGCUCAGAGAUUCAUGGAUCAAGCAUUUCCUGACACAGAAGACAUGGCAUCUAUGUUUGAAAGGCUGAAGAGCUGUGAUUACAGUGAGAUCACUCAAAAUAUUCAAAUUUCGGGAACCCCAGAGCAUUCUGAGCAAAGUGAUUCUGAGGAACUUGAAGAAACCAAUCAGCAAUUUCUGCCAGUUUCACAUCGUAUCUCACAAAGCAGUUCUAAUCCCAUCAGUUUUCCCCAUUUGUCCUCAAAGGAACUGAUGAAUAACUGUGGAACUGAAGCUGAGACUUUUCCAGAGGCAGACGUUAGGACAGAGUCAUCUCUUAGCACCCCUAAAACAUACCACACGGUUAGAUCAAAAGGGGAGGAGAUUAAAAACAAGGUCACCCCUCAAACUUCAGCCAGAAGCCCUGUAAUAAAAAUCAGACUUGGAAAAACACACCAAGAUGGUACGAGUGGAGAAAAAUUAGGGCUACACAGUCCUAACCACAAUCUGCAGCCUCCAACGCCCUCUCCCAGAGAAACAAACCCAGCUUCCUGUGACGAUCAGGUUUCUAUUCCAGCUCAGUGCAUUUCUAAAGCAAGCGUCUCCCCCUCAGAGCGUUCUCCCCCUCCUACACCUCACCGGUCUUCAGCAAUAAAGAACCACAGAACCUCCAAAACCUCUCACUCUGAUCCAGAUGAUGUCAGGAAAGGACAGCUGAGUCACCCUUUACCUGAUUUCUCCAAAGUGGAGCCGAGGGUACGUUUCCCGAAAAAUAGUGGAUACAAACCUCCUAAAAGCCGUCAACCUUCUCAUGACAGAACUUCACACCCGGAUCUUCCUGUAGUGUUCAAGUCCCCUGCUGAGAUUGUGAGAGAGGUCCUUUUGAGCAGUUCUGAUGGGUUUCCAGGAAGCCCCUCCAUGAGUGGGGCCCCCAGGCGUCUGCACAGCACAGUACCAGAGGAGUUCCGCUGCCCCCAGCAGGCCAGCACACUGAUGCAGCAGCUGCAGGAGGACUAUAACAGGCUGCUAACCAAGUAUGCAGAAGCUGAAAAUACUAUUGAUCGCCUUCGCCUUGAAGCAAAGGUUGGUCUCUGUUCUGAACCCCCAAAACCCAGUACAGCUAUCCUGUCAGGUGUUAUUCAGGAGGCCUCAAAGGUCAUAACGCUCAGUUUUCCUCAAGCGCAGAGGGCAGAGUUCGACGCAGGCUCUACUCACCAGAUCCAGCAGAGAGAUCACUCGGAAAACUGCAGAAAAACACCAACUCGUCCUUCCUCUGUGAACUCGAUCAGCUCAAAGAGGUCUGGAUCUCUCACUGCAAACCACCUAACAGAGACUCUGACCAAACAAACUCAAAGAUUUCAGCUACAGGUUGAUGCUUUCGAGGCACUUCUAAAGAAUGGGAAGCUCCAGCCCUGUGAACAGAUAAAGGGUCUCUCCACACUGGCACAGGGACAGGAGUCUCUUGAACAUGCUUACCUAGAUGCACGAGCCCAGUCUCAGAUGCAGCAGCAGCAGUGGAAAGGCAGGCAUGUCACCUUUGACCCAGACAGGGACCUAGAAGGUCAGAUCUUCAGGUCAGGGAUGCGACUGGAGGAGCUGAAGGAGUGGCUGGAGCAAGCAGAACCGAACAAACCCAUUUCUGAACCUCCCUUAUACCCUCUGCCUCCUUCAGAUGUGCUCUCUGUGUCCAUGCUGGAGACCGAACCUCUACCUGAGAGCCCACUGUCUGCUGUCCAUCCUGAGGCUUGUGUUGGAGUGGAGGUUAGUUCAGUUAGCGGAGAGAGUGAUGCAGAUGAAGAGGAAGAAGAGAUCCUUCCAUUUCUUCUUCAUCCCCUCCAUGACAAACACCAGUGUGUGGAGAGAGACUUCAGUAAGCUCAUGGACUGCUAUCAGAGUUUUAAAGAGCUGCCUGGGAUGCUGGACCCAACUGUGACUUUAAAGAGCCAUGACUUGCUGGAUUUUGGAGAUUCUGCUUCUCUUGGGAAUACAAGUGUAACGGACAGACAACAAAACAGGAUUUUUAAUGAGAAAAAGACAAUGACAUCUGCUCAGCAGCAGGCAGCAGCAGAUUGUGUCCCUCCCUCCGGCCCAUCUGUCAGGUCACAGGUGUGUGACUCUAUGGAAACUCACCCGGAGGCUCUUUGUCACUCCUCGGUGUUGCCAGGGCUACCGGGCAGGGAAAGGAAAGCGUCAGGAAACAGGAAAACUCAAAGCAGUAGCCUGACCAGCCUGACAGAGAGCACAGAACCCAGAACUAUGGGUUUAAAAGCAAAGGCUAAGACUGUCAGAGCAUCCCCUCUGGAUGGGGUUAAGUCUCCAGAGACAGACAGUGGCUUUAUGGGCUCAGAGAGCAGUCAUCUCACUCCUGCAGUACACAGUCCUCUCCAGCAGAGGCCAGUGGAUAGUUCCAUCGCGCCGUCUGGCCCAAGUAUGAACACAGAAAGACCAGAGUCUGCUCCUCCUGCUAGACAACCUUUUGCCGUCUCGCCCUCUCAAUCACAACCCUCUCUAAAUACCCGAAGAGAACACCUCGCCAAGUCUGAAGGAUGCACGGGUUCUGUUAGGAGGAGAAGAGGGGAGGAAAUGUGUUCUUCUUCCAGUCUUACUUCCUCAGUAUCCCCCAUUCAUUGGCCCAAUAGCAACCUCCUGCCCUGGCCAAGCAGCCUGACCAGCCAAUCAGAGCAUGGCAGUGAUCACGUCCGUUUCUUAUCAGGGGAUGAGAAAUCACAGGAUGGCCGGUACCCACAACCAGCCAAUCAGCAUCUCCGCUCUCACAGAAGUCCUUAUCACCAUGGUGACCACCUCGAAGCCCAAAGUUCCGUUCAGCUAACAAAUCAGCAAGAGGCUCUUCGAUCUCUACAGCAAGAAGUGAACCACCUGAAGGCGAGACUAGAGGGAAAUCUGAGACUCUCCGAACCUGCCAGUCCUGUCAGAGUACCCACUUCUGCCACAGAAGAGACCAGGGAUCAGGCUUCCCCACAGACCACAAGGUCUUCAGUCAGGAGAAGGCAGCAGAAAGAGAGUGAGAGGAAUGAAGAAAAGGAGAGAGGAAACUUGCCAAGACCCACCCAGAGCCAAAGAUCCGCAUCUUUACCUCGACAUCGGCCUCAAACUGAGCUGACGACUGAUUCUGAGUUUGUCCUAUCUGAGCCACGAACAUCAACUUUAAGACAUGUCCGGAUGUCACCUAUGACAUCACGAGGAAGAGGACAAACCAGAGGAUUUGGACAUCAUAAAGAGGACAGUACAUCAGGCAGAUCCGACAAUAGUGAUGCAACCGAAUCAAGCCGAGGACCAGAAGCUGCCUGCCCUCAUUGCAUAUCAGACCGCACUGGUUCCUUGACACGUCCAGUGAGGAGUAGGAGGUCUCCACAUUUCUCAAAGCCGUCCUGUAGCCAUUGCCCAGUGUGUGGUGCAUUACAAACCAAUCAAAGAGCCUCUCAAUCAGCCAAUCAGGAGCCAGUCUCCACCCCCAGAGGGAGUCAGCCAAUGAGAUCCUCCUUACAGAUGGACAGAGGAGGAGGUGUGAAUUUGGCUCCUCCCCGCGCAGUUCUGGGAGGUGUUCCAGUUGUCCCAUAUGUGCCCAUCUAUCCUUCAACUCUUUACUUCUCCAGUCCUGUGACGUCACAGGCCUACUCACAACCCUUUAACAUCUCAGUCAGUCCCGUCAGAGAUGAGAGGCCAGGGGUCAGAGGUCAUCGCAGACGAUCUCUCUCUUUGGACCAUCAGCAGCACACUCUAGACAGCUCUCUGAGCCGUGCUAUCACGGCAGCUAAAAACAUGAGAGAGGUCUCGCAUCGCAUGGCUCGCUCUCUGACCUCAGGACUGCACAGCAGUAGCUUCCUCACCUCAUCCUGCACCUACUGACAUCGGCCUUUACAUCUGUUCAUUUAGCAGAUGCUUUUAUCCAAAAUGACAUUUAUUCAUUUUAUUAGUUUACAAAAACAACCGUUUUUCUCGUAGUGGUGUGACUGAUGCAGACAUGCAAUGCUGCAGUGGAAGAUGAUGGAAAAUGUGAAAUGUCUCAGGUGUACUAUAGCUACUUUUAGAGACUUUUUUUCUUUUUUAGGUUUAAAAAACAUAAAAUAUAGCUGCUGUUCAAAAUGGAGUUUGUGAUUUCAUGUUUAUAGUUGUGAUGGAAUACACUAUGCUAGGGCAUCUGUGUGAAUUUGAGGACUUCAUAUAUUCACUAAAAGCAUAUGUUUUGGAAAGCCAUUUGUCUUGUUUUUUGUUAUAUAAUGCCUAGACAUUAAUGCUUUUUUAAAUGUCCAAAUACUUUUGGGUCCACUGUAGCACACCUUUUUCUGAAAAUUCAAACUGAGUUUGAAGGUGAACCUGUUUUGUUUUUAAAUCUUUAUUUUUUCUAAUAGGGACAAAAUGGGUACAGUGCUACCCUGGAGUUUUUGUUUAUAUCACCAUACUUUUGUGCUGCAUUUGUUUACCUAGAAUUUCCAGACUGCAUAACCUUUUUAAUGUAAAUGUGUGUGUGACAUGGUUUUCUACCCCACAGUCAAAAAAAAGCAGUGAUUGAGUGGAGUAUAUAGAGUCCAGCAUACUUUGAGUCCUAGAAGAGUCUGUAGCAGCAUUGAGGAUCAGCAUGCAUUUCACUUUGUGGGAAAAAAAAAAGUUUUUAUAGGUUAUGCAAUAUUGAUUAUUUUGGGUAUCACCUAGUUAGGCAGAUUUAUUAAAUAAUAAUGUUUCUGUCAUGUGUUUUGUAUUUAUUGAGCUAUACUUUUAUACUAUAUGUACUACUAUAAAGGUUUCUAUAAUAUUUGA